UCACUUAUUCUCAUGAAAACUCGAGUGAUCUCACGUAGCGACAAAGUAGCACCACAGCAAAGGGCCAGACCGCUCUCCCUGUCUGAGAGGUUCAGAAGAGCGUUUCAUCGAAGAAGUGAAGUUACCUCAACAAUGGAGCGUUGGUCAGGGCGUGUUGCGGUGGUAACAGGAGCCAGUGCUGGGAUAGGAGCAGCCAUUGCUGAAGAACUCGUGAAGAAAGGACUCAAAGUGGUCGGACUGGCACGCAGAGUGGAGAGAGUUGAGGACCUGGCAAAUUCCAUCAAAUCGGCAACCGGGAAGUUAUACCCACUGAAGUGUGACGUCAGCAAAGAGUCGGAGGUUACGGAAGCCUUUAAGUGGAUCAAGACUACACUGGGAGGAGUAGACAUCCUCAUCAACAGCGCCGGAGUCGGAUCCCAGAGCAGUCUUACAGAUGGACCGGUGGAGAAAUGGAGAAAGAUUUUCGAUCUCAACGUGCUGGCUCUCAGCGUGUGCACCAAAGAAGCGCUCCAGUCCAUGAAGGAGAAAGGAGUGGACGAUGGGCAUAUCAUACAUAUCAACAGCAUUGUUGGGCACGGACAAAUUUCUCAUCCCGGUCUACACAUGUACUCUGCCUCCAAACACGCGGUCACAGCGCUGACAGAGGGACUCCGACGGGAACUGGUCCAGCAAAAGUCUAAAAUCCGUGUUACUAGUGUAAGCCCCGGUGCUGUGAGAACUGAAUUCCCAGAAGCUUCGGACUUUACGGGGGAUAUACUGGAGUUCUUGAAAGAGAUCCCUUUUCUCCAACCCAAGGACAUUGCAGAUGCUGUGAUCUACAUACUGGGAACACCCCCACAUGUACAGGUGCACGAACUUACCAUAAAACCCGUUGGUUCACCCUCCUGAGAAAAGACAAAGUGAAGAUAUUUCCGACAAAGAGUAAUGAAAACCAGAAUUCGACCAGUGUUCUCUCUGUUCAAUCAUCAGUUCUUCCACAAUAAGUGACGUUUCAGCGUGACCAUAACAAUAAAACUAUUUUGCAUAAGUAAUGUUAUAAGAAAUUAACAUCUUCUGAAAAAAAAGGCCGUAGUUUUAAGAUAAUCUUAUGGUUUAUUAAAUUGUGAAACAAGGGCUCGGACAUAAAAUAAUAUACUGCACAUCCAUCCAAAUGGCUCUGUAAGGGAACUACAGCAUGUACUAGUAGUACAGCAUGAGGAGAUAUACAUAAUGUGAGACAUUUGUGACGAAAUGGUGUUCAAUGAUUUAUAAAGUUUGAGCUGAUUUUAUUGGAGACGAAACUAUUGCUAAUCUAAUUUCUUUGCAAUCUAUUAUUGUAACCGUCUUGUAAAGGUGUAGAUUAAAAUAAAAAAGGAAUUCACAUAAUA